CGUAGCUCUCCGACAUAUUGUUUGUGUGAGAGAAGCAAAUUCUCGAAGGCAAGGAGAUAGAGGGGAUUACUUACAUUUUAUUUAUUAGCAAGGGAGAGUUUUUCGCAUACAUAGGACAGAAUGGAGACGGCAGCGAGUCCUGCGAAGGAUAACUACAGGAUGAACCGCUACAAGAACAAAGCCUUGAACCUGGAGGAGAUGCGGCGUCGCCGGGAGGAGGAGGGCAUCCAGCUCAGGAAACAGAAGCGGGAGCUGCAGCUUUUCAAAAGGAGAAACGUGGAGCUGCUGAACGAGGAGGCAGCCACGUUUGAAUCUCCCCUCAUGGACCCGUUCUUUACAUCUGCCUCCACCCCGGAUGGAGUCAUCACAAGAGACAUGGUGGAGAUGCUUUUCUCCGACGACCCAGAACUCCAGCUAGCCACAACACAGAAGUUUAGGAAACUACUAUCCAAAGGUCACCCCAAUCCACCCAUAGAUGAGGUCAUCAGCACACCUGGGGUAGUGAAUAGGUUUGUGGAGUUCCUCCAUAAAAGCACCAAUUGCACAUUACAGUUUGAGGCGGCCUGGGCUCUCACCAACAUCGCAUCCGGCACGUCCCACCAGACCAAGGUGGUCAUCGAGGCCGGGGCUGUGCCCGUCUUCAUCGAGCUCCUCAACUCCGACUUUGAAGACGUCCAGGAACAGGCGGUAUGGGCCUUAGGCAACAUUGCGGGCGACAGCGCCAUGUGCAGAGACUACGUGCUGAACUGCAACAUCCUCCCCGCCGUUACUAACGUGAGCACCUACUCGUGUCAUCACACUCCCCACCUCACACUGCUGACCAAAUCAACCAGGCUGACCAUGACCAGGAAUGCUGUAUGGGCCUUGUCCAACCUCUGCAGAGGCAAAAGCCCGCCGCCUGACUUUGAAAAGGUGUCCCCGUGUCUGCCCGUGCUGUCACGCCUGCUCUUCAGCAGCGACAUUGACCUGCUGGCCGACGCCUGCUGGGCUCUGUCCUAUCUUUCGGACGGCCCCAACGAGAAGAUCCAGGCCGUCAUCGACUCGGGUGUCUGCCGGAGACUGGUGGAGCUACUCAUGCACACAGACUACAAAGUGGCCUCACCUGCAUUGCGAGCUGUGGGGAACAUUGUCACCGGCGAUGACAUUCAGACUCAGGUGGUGCUGAACUGCUCGGCCCUGCCCUGCCUCCUCCACCUCCUGAGCAGCGCCAAGGAGUCCAUCAGGAAGGAGGCCUGCUGGACCAUCUCCAACAUCACAGCAGGGAACAGGGUUCAGAUCCAGACCGUAAUAGAUGCAAACAUCUUCCCCGUGCUCAUCGACAUCCUGCAGAAGGCCGAGUUCCGCACCCGGAAGGAGGCGGCCUGGGCCAUCACCAACGCCACCUCAGGGGGAACCGCUGACCAGAUCAGAUACCUGGUGAACCUGGGUUGCAUUAAGCCCCUCUGUGACCUACUGACGGUGAUGGACUCUAAGAUCGUGCAGGUGGCCCUGAAUGGCUUGGAGAAUAUCUUGCGGCUGGGGGAGCAGGAAGCCAAGCAAAGCGGCACUGGCAUCAACCCCUACUGCGGCCUCAUCGAGGAGGCCUAUGGACUGGACAAGAUCGAGUUCCUGCAGAGCCAUGAGAACCAGGAGAUCUACCAGAAGGCCUUCGACCUGAUCGAACACUACUUUGGUGUGGAGGAGGAGGACGCCAACCUUGCCCCGCAGGCUGAUGAGAACCAACAGCAGUUUCUCUUUGCCCAGCAGGAGGCCCCCAUGGAAGGCUUCCAGCUAUAACACCCCCCCCCCCCCCCCUUCCUUCUUCACUCUGAUCCCCCUUAGAUAUCCAGCCCUGUUUCCCCUGUGUAUUCCCUGAUCAAUCAGAGCUGUGCGGAACAUAGAACCGUGCGGCUGGGCCGAGGGCAGAACCGAAAGAGAACCUAGCAGCGCCCCAUUACUAUCAGAUACACACAGAAGCAAAAGGGGGUAUAAACCCUUUGUCCCCCCCCCCCCCUUAUGGCUAGGUCAGAGACUUGUUCAGAGGAAGAAUAUCACUGCUGAAACCAGAAAUUCUUUCAAGUUUUAUUUAAGGUCUUUUUAGAUCAAUUUUUAAUUUAAUUUAUGUAUUUUUUUUUUUUUUGUGGGCCCGUGCAGUUCGCUUUCAAAGCACAUCCCCCCCAUUUGGUCAAAGUUUAAAACUGAGGCUGUUACCUGAAAGAGUUCUCAAUUAUUUUCUAAAAGAAGAUGGCGAAUGUUGCUUAACACACUGCCCUGUCCCCACAACAUUUUUUCCCCCCUUUAAAUAUAUACGAUUAUUUUCUCUUCUGUCAACAAGCUUUAGCCCCUUUCCCUUUUGUAAUUUCAGUUAACCGGAUCCAUGCUGCUUUCCAUAUGGAUGUGGAAUCUCUGGUUUCCACCGAGCUGCAGGGUACAAUUCAAAAAAGACUUAUCCCAGAUUUAUUUUUCUUUGGGGGGGGGGGGGGGGGGGGGGGGGGAUUUAGGGAAAAGUGUGAACAUUUAGUUGCGACUCAAGGUCUCUGAUGUACACACACUGUGGGCAAGAAAACUUGGAAAUGUUUAGUUGACACAAUUAUUCUCUCUCUCUCUCGCUCUCCCCUUUUUGCUGAGCGUGAGGUGGGUCUUGAAACGAUGCAAAUAGGCGGUAAAGACGUUGGCAAGGGGAGGCUUUGUGAAAUGGGCGUUAACGAAACGAGGGACAUCGUGGUGAAACAUAGGAAGGUUUAAGUGAGAUGACAUCUAGGUUACUAGCUAAUCAGGAAUGUUGAAACUAGCGCUAUGUUGUUCGUGGUGUGCAGUGUUCUAAAUAAUGACGCAUUUGACAUAUGAAGUGAAUUAAUUAUAUAAUGCAAGAAUAAUAACAGAAAAAAAAAUAACAAUGCAAUUCUGAGGGCUAGGACUUUAUUUUACCAUAGUGACUUUUGUUCCAGAUUAUUUUGGUUGCUUAUUUUAGGCAAGAGUGGUAGGGCGGGGUAGGAAGCUGGGUUAGUUAUUAUUGCCUUUCACGUAGAUGCGUUUUUGGUUUUUGGUUCACCUCCAGUGUUUCCAUUUUGUGUUCAUUCAAAGCCUAGUGUGUGUAUGUAUAUAUAUACAUAUAUAUAUCCCGCGGAGGUCUAGUAUUGUAAGAGUUCUUGACUCCGAUCGCCCUCAGUUUGUGCAUGUUAGGGUUUUGCAUGGUGUUGUAUUAAUCUACCAACGGUCAUGGAAUGUCCCUUGCCAAACUCUUGGACUAGUAUGGAAGUCAAGUAUUCUCCUCAAGUCCUGUCCUAGGCUUUCUUGAGAUUAAUGAUUAGUCCCACACCUCCAAAUUUGUUUCGAUAGUUCAAUUGCUGAUCCUAACUAAUGCAGUUCUUGUUUAAUACCGUAUAAUGAUAAUGAUCUAUUAUAUUUCAUUUUGUGUAGGCCUAAUCUAUGUACUUGUAUUCUUUAGCUCUACUGACAUCUGAGAUUUGGCAAGGAACAUGCGUUUUAUCAUGACAAACCUAACAAAAGCAAAAAAAAAAAUUAAAUAUUUAAAAAUUAAAAAAACUUGCACACACCUCAUGCACACAUGCAGACAAGACCAGCAUACACAGCAUGCACCACACACAGAUGAAGAAAAAACACAGUGGAGGGGAAAAUGGCUUCCAUAAUCUAACCUUUUCAGUCAAUAUGUGUUGCCUUUUUUCUCUUUGUUUAUUUCUAUUCCCCACAUGCAACUAGUUUCUCUCUCUAUAUAUAUUUUUUUUUUUUUUCAAUCUCACGUUUGCACUUUUUGUGUUUAUGCACUUCACUGUAGUGUCCAGCAGGAAAAAAAAGUUGUCGCUCACGGCAAUGCUUUUGGUGGUGUUUUCACUUAAGAGGAUGGUCUUAAGGUGUAGGCUUAGUGUGAGAGGCGUGGAUUGGACGAAAAAGGAAAUGAAAGUCUGCUUACAACGACAUUUUCGACUUUUGUAAUCUUUGUAGUUCUGUUUAAACCUUAAAAGCUAAACAAAAGCGCAUCCUCUGUGUUUACCUCUUGAAAACAAAAAGAUGUGAGAAAACUGUGACUUGCGUUGUUGUAAUUCAUAUUAACUUAGUAUGGAAGCAUUUUUUUCCUCUACCUCUAUGCCACACGGACUGGUGUGGGGAUUAGGGAUGGGGAGGGGGGCUUUUGAUGGGAUGGGCAAAGCCAGUGGCUGUCCAGUUGUUGUGUGACGUUGACUUUGACAUGAGCUGUGAAUGGAAAAGUUGGCUGUACCCUUGCGUUCACAUCCGAAGCUGGUAGCGUCGGGUCCGUGGAGAUGAGAUUUUCCUGGUGAAAGCCAAGCUGGCGAGCUGCUUCAUGUUGACUUUGUAGAUUAGACUAGUCCGCAAGACACUGUUGUACUACAUUUAUUCUAAAGAGAAGUCUACUUUUGAACUCUAGAAGCUGAAGCUUUCAACGAAAUAUCCUGAAACGUCAUAUCUUGCGCACAAAUUACAGCUUGCAGCUAAGCUUCAUGCAUCUUGUUUUGGAGUGGUCAGAGAGUCUGUCUUGCUCUUUACACUUGACUCUUAGCAAUUUACUGCUGAGUGAAUGAGUUUUUAGAACAUGAUUGGUUAUAAUAGACAAAGAUAAGUCUUUUCCGAUUGAUCAGGUUUUGGCUUUCAUAAGAAAAAUGGGUCUCCACCAACCCUGGUUACAUUGUACAUCAGAGAUAGACAAGAAUAGACCACCUCCCGCUUCACAUCGCUUCAGAUGGGGAGUUUGGCUAAUAUCAGUACAACGUUGGUCCCUCAUUUCAUAUGUCCCUGGGUCCCAAAGACCUGGGUUAACUUUAAAAAAAAAUCAAGUGGAUCAAUAAAGAAGAAUUUAUGAAAGGAAAAAAAAAAUACUCAAAGAAUUUAACUAAUUAAAAAUGCACUCCUAUUCACUAAAGUGCCAAUCCGACCAACUAAGACUGCAGGUUGAAAUGUAUCUUGUCUUUAGUUUAUUUUUAUUUUUUUACUUGAAUGUGCACAGCUUUUUGUGCAAAAACCUUGCUGCUCUAUUUCUUACAAAUCAUUAUAAAGUUUCAGUAUAUGCAGCCGUUUCUUUAAAGAAGGGGCAGCCUUUAGUUUGUGCACCAAAUUGAUACAUUGGUAAAGAGAAAAAGAAUAAUAGAACAACUUGAAAAGGACUAUGUUUUCUGUUGUACUCUUAUUGUUUACUCUUUAGUCAGAUGCAGAUGCAAAGGAAAUGCUGUGUUUUUUCCUGUCUAUUUUUGUGUGAAUUGUGCAGAGAAUCUAGUCACAAUAGAGGAGGUUUUCAGAAUCGCCAUUCAUCUGCUCUAAUUACAACUAUAUGAAUCAAACCACUUAGGGGCAUUAGGAGGAAUCGUGGUAUUGUCAAUCCUCUCUCGCAGUUGAGGUCACCUUUGAAGAAACUUUCAUAUUUGCACAGAUGGGCCAAUAAGUUAUUACUAGCCAGCAGUAAAGGAAAUGGCAAGGUUAUACUUUUCAUUGCCUUCAAGGAGCCGCUGUUUGUAGUGAUGGUCCUGUGUGUUGGCUCCUUCAGGGGCUUACGAGGGGACUGUGAAGACUCUAUCUAUAUUUUGUAGACUGACCUCCAUCCAUUUUUUUAAAACUUAGCACAAGCGACAAUAAAGCCCUCCUUAUCGACGACCUGGAUCUGUUGAAGCUAUUUCUGUGGAAUCAGCUUUUAGAAAUGAGUGUUCCUACGAACUGUCAAAGAAGCAACCGCAAGCUGCAAUAACCAUGUCCCAAACCCAACAUUACCCAGGGAUAAAGACCUCCGCUAUAGGCUUCUGCAGUUUUUACUCACAGUGGCAGAUGCCACCAUGACAUUUUCGCAAAAAAGAUCGGAGCUUUUAAACUAUCAAAACUGAAAUAUUUGAAAUAAAUCAAGUGGGACUUGGUGUAUAACAUUGAUGCCACUGCAGAGAAAAUGGUUUACCUGCUCCUGCAUCAACAAUGACUUCUGAGAAGUGCAAAAAAAAAAAAAAAAAGAUUUAAAAAAAAUUAGCCACACAUUGGUAUA